AUGUCCAGUUUCUCUGGACACACCAUUCAACUGUUCGGCGCCGUCACGAAGCGCGCGGAAGCCCAGGGCCAGGGCGGUCUCUUGACUGGCACAGAUCCUGCAACCUUCACCUCCUCUGAUCCUCUCCGGCUAUGGAUCAUCCAAGUUGGCGUCAUCGUGAUGAUGGCACAGGUGCUGUCACUCGUUCUUAGGAAGCUUCGCCAGCCAAAGGUCAUCGCAGAAAUUCUUGGAGGCAUUCUUCUAGGCCCCACCGCGUUCGGCCGCAUUCCCGGCUUCACACAGCACAUCUUCCCUCAAGAGUCUCUCCCUUACCUCACUCUCGUUGCCGAUAUCGGCCUGUGUCUCUUCCUCUUCAUCAUCGGACUCGAGAUCAACGGAGACGUCAUCAAGCGCAAUGGUGCCAAGUCCGCUGUCAUCGCCAUCGCCGGUAUGGCCCUGCCCUUCGGUCUCGGCGCAGGCCUGUCUGUCCCGCUGUACCACCACUUCAUCGACCCUUCCGUCAAGUUCACGUACUUCAUGCUGUUCACCGGUGUCGCCUACUCGAUCACCGCUUUCCCCGUCCUCUGCCGUAUCCUCACCGAGCUCAAGCUGCUCGACACCCAAGUCGGUGUCAUCGUGCUCUCAGCCGGUGUCGCCAACGACGUCGUCGGGUGGAUUCUGCUUGCUCUGAGCGUGGCUCUCGUGAACGCGAGUACAGGACUUACCGCCCUGUGGAUCCUUAUGGUCUGCUUUGCGUUUGUCUUGUUCCUGCUUUUCAUUGUGCGCCGCGUCAUGCUUUACCUCGCCCGCGUAACGGGAUCGAUCGACAAUGGCCCGACCAUGGUGUUCAUGACGGUAACGAUGUUGGUGCUGUUCGCGUCUGCUUUCUUUACGGACAUCAUUGGUGUAAACGCUAUUUUCGGUGCUUUCCUGGCUGGACUGGUCAUACCUCGAGAGGGAGGUCUCUCCAUCGCUUUGACUGAAAAGCUUGAAGAUAUGGUUACGAUUGUAUUCCUGCCCUUGUACUUCACGAUUUCGGGACUUAACACCAACCUUGGUCUUUUGGACAACGGGAUCACUUGGGGUUUUACAAUUGCCAUUAUGGCACUCUCGUUCUCCGGUAAAUUUGGAGGUUGCACGUUGGGCGCAAGGGCGAUAGGGUUCAGCUGGCGAGAGUCAAGUACUAUCGGGGCGCUGAUGAGUUGCAAAGGCUUGGUUGAGCUGAUUGUGCUCAAUAUCGGUCUCCAAGCGAACAUUUUGUCUCAGCGCGUGUUCUCGAUGUUCGUUCUUGAAGCCGUGGUGCUCACAUUCAUGACCACGCCUCUCGUUACUUGGCUAUACCCGGAAAUGCUUCAGACCUCUAGCCGUCGCAAUGCUCAAGGGUCAUUGGCUGUCGACUCCGAAGGCAUCACGGACUCCGACCUUGAGGAAAAGAAGCGCACCGACGAUGGUAUCUGGCGCCAUCGCCUCACCGUCGUCCUCGACAAGCUCGAGCACAUUCCCUCCCUCAUGUCGCUCACUCAGCUUAUCCAUCUCGACACCCCUGACGUUGACGGCGGCGCCAGUCCAGCGGGAGGCAAGCGGCGACCUGUAAUCAUCGACGCGCUUCGGCUCAUCGAGCUUUCGGACCGUACAUCUGCUGUGAUGCGUUCGUCGCACGCCGACCAGCUCAUACGGACUGACCCCCUCCUCUCCAUCUUCCGCACCUUUGCCGCCCUGCACGACAUGGCCGUUUCUGCGGCGCUCUCUAUCGUCCCCUAUGACGAUCUGGCGCACCGCGUCUCAGACCACGCAAAGCGCAACGGCGCGCAGCUGCUUGUCCUCCCCUGGCUCCCGCCCUCGGCUGCACCGGCCCCACCGAGCGUGGAUCACGAUGCCCUGUCGCCCGCCACGCCCCGUGCGGCUGCGCUCGCACACAACCCCUUCGAGGCGUUCUUCGGUGCCAGCUUGCACGGCGACUCCACGGAGGGUGCACAUGGUGCGAGUGCGAUCCACUCGCAGUUCAUCAGGAGUGUGUUCAAGGAAGCACGGACGGACAUCGCCCUUGCGGUCGACGCUGGUCUCGGGUCCGGCACGGCGGCUGCGAUUGGGAGUGGCUCUGCACAUGUGUUUUUGCCGUUCUUUGGCGGCCCGGACGACCGGCUCGCGCUCGAGUUCGUCGCGCAGCUGUGUGCGAACGUUAAAGUCAGGGCUACGGUCGUGCGUGUGAGCAAGCGCGACGUGCAGGCGGACUUGGCACAGCCGGCGACAGCGCUCGCAAGCGACGAGAAGGUCGAUCAGGAGUUGUCGAAUAUUCGCGACAACGGGAUGACUAUCCAUUCGACUUUCGGCGGCUUCCCGGAUACCGUAUACGGAAAUGCUACAACCCAAACACGUCUUCAAAGCGAGACAGCCGACAGCGUCGCCUGGGCGCGCUUUGCCCAGCCUGAAGAGGACAACGCGGACUCGGACGGCGAGAACGUCGCGCCCGUGUCCUCUGCCCUCCGCUCCGCGCUCUCGCGCAUGGAGUUUGAAGAGCUCGCCUCCCCCCUGCCCCUACACGCUAUCCUCACGCGUGUCUCGCAGCUCAAGGAGUCCCUCGCGUCCUCCCGGACGCGCAUCCUCGUUCUGUGCGGCCGCUCGCGCCGCCUCGCGAUCGAGGACCACAACGCGGAGCUCAAGAAGCUCGUCGAGGAGCACAAGGGCGGCGGGCUCGGCGGGGGCGCGAGCGAGGUCCACCUCGUGCGCAAGACGAUCGGCGACGUUGGCGCGGCGAUGCUUGUCGGGUCUACCGGCACGGGCAUGGUCGUCGUGCAGGCUUCCCAGGAUGACGUCUAGAUCGACUCGGUCGCAUGGCGAUGGAAGCGGGACGAACGGCGGCGACGGACGUGUCCUUUCUCCUGGGGUUUAUCCUUGGUUUUGGGUCUUCUGCCUGGCUUUCCUUUCCCUCUCUCUCUUAUCUAUCCGUCUUGCGCAAAAUCGGCUCUCGUUUGCUCUGGUCAUACCAUCAUACCAUCUCCACCAUGGCUCACCCACCACGCAUCUUUCUGCAUCGACAUCAUAUCACCUUGGCCAUCGCCUAUAAUCACAAAACAGACUAUCGCAUCUAUCACCCACCAUCUAGCAGUAUCUAUCAUGACCGUUACGACCUUGUUUGCAGAUCUCAUAGGGGAGAGGGGGGGAGGAAGGAUGUUAAUAAUGGGGAACCGGCGAUGCUGGUUCCCUCGUUAUGUGCCUGUGCUCAGUGCUUGCUGUUCAGUGUAUGCACGUAUCGCGGCGGCGCGAUGAUAUCUAAUCUGUAUAUACUGUAUACUGUGUUUCUUUUCAUGAGAUGCAGAAUUUAUAUACCCUUGUUAACCGC